GGGCUUCAGCGCCAGCUGCUUGGGGGAAAGAAUGGACUGCUGUUGCUCUUGACAGUUGCUCCUCUGAGUUUUCGAUCGUCCGUAGUGCGGCGUUUGAGGCGCUUCCGGGUUGUCUGACAGCUCUCGCGUCUUCUCCAGAGCAGCAAGGGCAAGCUACCACCGCUGCCUUGGAGCUCGUUGCUUCUUUUCUGUCAAGCAGCGAGGGCCAACUGCCACACUCAACGGCAACUGUAGCGGCGGAACACAUGCUGCCAGCUAUUGCACAGAUCGUAGCCGACCAGGCGAAACGGCAGAGGGAAGGUAUGUUGCCAGAAGAGUGUAAGGUGCCUUCAGCGCAGAGGGCGGCCCUACUUGAGAAGCUUUUCGUCGGCAUGGGCAAGCUCAUACUUCCGGUCUUAACUCGCGAGUUCGAGCGUCUAGCUACUAGGGAGCAGCAGGACGAUGAAUGGGAGGAUCUUAGUGACGAUGACCAGGAGGAGGACACCAGCUCUUUCUAUGACGCCGUCAUGCAAUGCUCGGGCAACCUUUUCAAGGUGUACGGGUCGGAUUGUUUGCCACAUUUUGACGCUCAUUUGCGUCUGCCGUAUGGGGCGCUGUUGGCACAUGACCAGUCAAGCUACUAUGGAAAGGUUGCAGCUUUGUGUCUUUACGCUGAUGCGAUCAACUACGGAGAUCCGGCGGCCACCCUAGAAUGUAGCAAGGUGUUGGUUCCGGCGGCGCUUCUGGCCGUCAGCCCCCAAGCCGAAUGGGCCAUUGAUGAAGAGCACAUGCUGGCCAUUUCAGCAUCGACUUACGGAUUAGGCGUUGUCGCGCAAAGGCACCCUGAACUGUUUGGUUCGCAGCUUCAGGGCACGCUCGAGGCCCUGGAACGGUGCAUAGCGAACCCGUUGCUGCGGUGUCAGAGCGGCAGGGCUGCAGCUGACGGGACAGCCUGCUCACUUCUUAAGGUUUAUGCAGGUUUUUGCAUGACUCUUGGGAUUGAUGCGGCUUCUGCAAAAGUCGCCACUCUAUUAGAGGCAUGGUUCCCCCUAGUGGAGGAUGAGCAAGAAAUCUAUGACGCUCACGAGCUCCUACUACAAAUGGUCAUUCAGGACCAUCCUCUAAGCUCCAAUCCAGCAGUGCGACAACAGUUGCGGCGCCUAGUGUUGGAUAUCCUCCCUGGACGACCCGAGUUGAUUGGGGAGCGGGCAAGACGAGAAUUGUUGCAGGCCGCAAUAGACAAGCUCCGUUGA